UGUAUUGGAAAGAAAACGUAAUCAUUGUUUUUGCUGCUGAUCAGGAUCCAGUAAAAAAAAAAAAACAGGCUCAUGUUUGAUAUUUUCUAGAUUGGAAAUCAGUAGAUUGACUUUGGCAAUAUUAAUUAGUUCCUGUUUCUCUGGACACAUGUACAGUCAUAUUUUAGAGGAUAGAGCAGAACUAAAAAAAUGAAUAUCAGCAGACAGUUUUAUCCACUAUGGCUGUGAGCCCCUGAGCAGGACCCUGAAUCCCUACAAGGCUCCAGGUAGGAAAUUUUAAAAACACAUUAAACCUUUUGAAAUGAUUUUCUGAAUGUUUUAACAACAUGGCCGUGCUACAAAAUUAGCAUUGUUUUGUAUAAGUGAUUUCUGUAUUCAGCACACUGUGGGUUAAACUUUGACCUCCGUAUAAUGAGUUGGUUGCUAUGUUAAAGAUCUAGGGGUAAGAAACGAUAUAUCACUGUAAGUCACCCUGCUAAAUGUCUAUCACGUGAACCAGGUUUGGCGUGCUGUUGUAUGACCAGACGACCAGCAGGUGUCACUACAUGCAUCCUCUUACUGUUCCACCGCAUCAUCACCCAUCAAGUCCUGCACUCAGUUAAGUCUUUAGAAACAAGUUCGACUGACAGCUGGUUUUUCAUGGACAAAAGCCUUCAUCGCAGACUGGGAUGGUCUUCAUUACAAUCUACAACAACAGAAGAGUGACACACUCUGAGAAUCUCAAUGCUAAUCUGAAAAGUUGAACACACAAAUAGCCCCUGUGUGGCCUCUAAUGGCUGACAGCAACACACCAACUGUCCCCGUCCUCAUCAGCAUCACUGCCAACCUAACUGGCAACACCACGGCCGCCGCCGUGCAUUUAGCCACAGUGAUCAACUGGUUGACGUUUAGCAUUGGGCUGCCUGCCAUUGCACUGGCUCUUUACACGCUCAAGAAUCUGUCCAAAGGUGACAGCAAAGUUCCCAUGCAUGUCGUUUUCCUCCUGGUGUCUGAUGUUAUCAGUUUCUUUGGUCGUCCCAAAGUGGACCCGAACGUGGCGAGUGGGACGGUCUUCUCCUCCAGCACCACUGACUUCAUCUUCUAUUUUGGUGUCAUCUCCAACGUCUCCCUCAUGCUGUUCAUAGCUCAGGAGCGUCAUCUCUCGGUGGCCUACCCUCAGUGUCUUGGCUGCUGUAGCAGCAUCAAGCGGUCUCCUGCAGUUGCCUUGGUGACGUGGGCUGCUCCGUUAGCCAUCCUGGCCCUCGCCAUGCUGCAGUAUAACCUCUGGUUUGCUGUGUCUCUGCUCGCUCCUUUCCCCUUCCUACUCUUCUUUGCUGUCGACUCCUGCAGGGCCCUGAUUUGCUCCCGAUCCAACCCAUCGACCCCCGAGAGGAAGAGGGCGGUGUGGGGGAUCAGUGCUAUCUGGGCUAAUUACACCUUCCUCUACGUCCCCUAUAUCCUCAGCAUCCUCCUGGAGGCUCUGUCUUUUACGGAGACUGUGACUUACCUGAGGCUGGUGUCUCACCUGCUGCUCUACCUCAGCCCUCUGGUGGACCCCUUCCUCUACAUAUUCAUGACUAAAGGGCUCAAAGAGGUGCUGCAGGCGCUACCCUGCUGUCGAAACACAAGUCAGAAAGAGAACAUGAGACCGACUGUGGAUACUGUGGCUGAGACUGUGGCGACAAGACUUUGAGGAGGAUAUACUUUUCAAAAACAUUUCUAAACACAUCCAGCAGUCUAGUUUGGGACACUCAAUAUCCUCUUGGAUAUUUGGAGCAGAUGCCAAAACCAAAAAAAAGUUGGAUUUGGCAAAAGAAAGGCUCUGCUCUUUAAUAGAGAUCUCGAGAAGCCGAGCAGCAACCAGGAUUCUGCUGGGAGAACACGUGAACAUCAAAUAAUCACAAUACCAAAACCUUAGCACAUAAGGGGGUGGUUGGUUGGGGUGAUGGGGAGAGCUUUGGCAGCAAAUGGCACUGGUGUGAGAACAUUAGCACUGUCUAUGAAGUGUCAGAUUUCAACUUCAUCAUGGAUAUGAUUGGA